AUGUCAGCAAAUACCAAGUUAGCAUUAAGUGUACAGCUAGUGGCUAUAUACUUACAAAGUUUAGGUGUUGGGAGUAGGAUAACCAAUUGUCAUGAAGAGCCUAAUCUAGUUAGGGCGUCCCUAGCGGAUGAACAGAAUAAAACAUUGAUUAAUAUAAUAGGAGUUGGGAUAGAACCGACAAAGGCCAUGCUAUCACUUUAUCAAAAUGAAAAGAGUUUGGGACAAGCAAUUUUAGAUUAUGAAAAGGAUUUAUUAAUGGAUGAUGUGACCUUCCCUAUAAAUGUUGAAGAAUUCCUAGAAUCAAGAAGGGAACAAGUGUUAAUAUCUAUUGAUUCCAAGUACAAACUAGCACCACCAUCACGUCAACUUCCACCACAAGAGAUUUCACGUCAAGAACCAUCCGAGCCAGUACCAGUGGGUAUGGAAAUACCACCACCACCAAGCGUAAGGGGUAGCAGACCUCCAGAUAUGCCAGAUUUUGAAGAUGAGUAUCAAGUACGCCAAGGCCCAGGAUAUUCAAGACCUCAACAACCACUACCAGGCUAUGGCGACAGCGAUUUAUACCCUAUGGGAAGAAGCAACCCCUUAUUGGCCGAUCCACUAACGGCACCACCAGCUGGUGGUAUGAUACUUGAUCCCGCACAAGAUGCCGCCAGAAGAAAACAAAUGGAUGACAUGAAAAAUCGUGGACCUGGAUUCAUGCCAGGAACUAAAUGGGAUGAUCCAUUCGGAAGACCAGGUUUCGGCGGUCCCGGAGCAUUUGGGCCUGGUGGGUUUAUCUAA